CCCACGGUGCGGGGCGCCCUGGAGCCGCCGGCCUCGGUUGCGGAGGGUGUGUCAUCCCUGACCAUCGCCGACGCCUUCACGGAAGCCGGCGAGAGCCCCGCCCCGCCGCCCUCGGGGCUCAAUAGGAGGUUCAUCUGCUCCUUCCCUGAUUGCAGCGCCAGUUACAACAAGGCCUGGAAGUUAGACGCGCACCUGUGCAAGCACACGGGGGAGAGACCGUUUGCUUGUGACCAUGAAGGGUGUGGCAAAGCCUUUGUCAGGGACUACCAUCUGAGUCGCCACAUCCUGAUUCACACGGGGGAAAAGCCAUUUGCUUGUACAGCCAGCGGUUGUGAUCAAAAAUUCAACACAAAAUCAAACUUGAAGAAACAUUUUGAACGUAAACAUGAAAAUCAGCAAAAACAAUAUGUAUGCACUUUUGAAGGUUGCAAGAAGGCCUUUAGGAAACACCAGCAGCUGAGAAUCCACCAGUGCCAGCACACCAACGAGCCGCUGUUCACGUGUGCCCAGGAAGGAUGUGGCAAACACUUCGCCUCACCCAGCAGGCUGAAGCGACACAGGAAGGUCCAUGAGGGCUAUACGUGUCAAAAAGAAUGUUCCUUUGUGGCAAAAACAUGGACGGAACUUCUAAAACAUGUGAGAGAAACCCACAAAGAGGACAUAAAAUGUGAAGUAUGCCAGAAAACAUUUAAGCGCAAGGAUUACCUUAAGCAGCAUAUGAAAACUCAUGCCCCGGAAAGGGAUGUAUGCCGGUGUCCGAGGGAAGGCUGUGGUAGGACCUACACAACCGUGUUUAACCUCCAGAGCCACAUUCUCUCAUUUCACGAGGAAAGGCGCCCAUUUACCUGUGAACAUUCUGGCUGUGGCAAAACCUUCGCAAUGAAAGUAAAACCCUCUCGUGAAAAACGGAGUUUGGCCUCUCGUCUCAGUGGUUAUAUUCCUCCUAAAAGGAAACAAGAACAAGGCUUAUCUGCACCUAAAAACGGAGAGACCCUGAACUGUACUGAAGACCAAGUACUCUCCACUGCUGCGGCCCUCACCCUCAGCUGAACCUCACCCUGCUUUGUUUAAAUGACGCACAGCAGCCAUCACAGUGACUUCCGCUCAGAAGCACAUUUUUCUUUAUUAAAAUCACUGAUGCACAACAUC